UUUUGAUCGGUCGUUUCUGGAUUUUUAUCAAUGAGGAUCGGUGAUAAGCUCAUCGAUUAGGGUUUCGAUUUAGGGUUUGUACGCAUGUCAAGGAUGUAGUUCAGAGAGAGAAGGAAAUUCUCGACCGGUGUUUUGUUUGGCAUUUAUUGGAUCCUGUGUGGGGAAUCCUAAUUCGGCAAUCAUCCUGCGUUUUAUUCGGCGAUUGUGCGCAGUUAGCGUUUGAAAGUUGAAACUUAAGGAAGUUUGGGCUGAUUUUGGAUUUUUCGAGUUAUUUCAUUGAAACGUUUGCCAUGGAUCAUGUUGUGGGUGGAAAGUUUAAGCUUGGGAGGAAAAUUGGGAGUGGUUCAUUUGGUGAACUCUAUUUAGGUGUAAACAUACAAAAUGGGGAAGAAGUUGCUAUCAAGCUGGAACCUGUUAAGACCAAGCACCCUCAACUUCACUAUGAGUCAAAAAUUUAUAUGCUUCUACAAGGAGGAACGGGCAUUCCCAACUUGAAAUGGUAUGGAGUUGAGAGCGAAUACAAUGUCAUGGUCAUAGACCUUCUGGGACCAAGUCUGGAAGAUCUCUUCAACUAUUGUAACAGGAAGUUAUCCUUGAAAACAGUAUUAAUGCUUGCAGAUCAAUUAAUUAAUAGAGUUGAAUACACUCAUUCAAGAGGAUUUCUUCACCGUGAUAUAAAGCCCGACAAUUUUUUAAUGGGCUUGGGGCGCAAAGCAAACCAGGUUUACAUCAUUGACUUUGGUCUUGCUAAGAAAUAUAGGGAUCUCCAGACUCAUAAGCACAUACCCUACAGGGAAAACAAGAAUCUCACUGGUACUGCUCGCUAUGCUAGUGUCAAUACACACCUUGGAGUUGAACAAAGCCGAAGGGAUGAUUUGGAAUCUCUUGGUUAUGUCCUAAUGUAUUUUCUCAGAGGAAGCCUUCCAUGGCAGGGACUUAAAGCUGGCACAAAAAAGCAGAAAUAUGAUAAGAUUAGUGAGAAGAAAAUGUUGACUCCAAUAGAGGUACUAUGCAAAUCUUAUCCAUCAGAGUUCAUAUCAUAUUUUCACUAUUGCCGAUCAUUAAGAUUCGAGGACAAGCCAGAUUAUUCUUACUUGAAGCGCCUCUUUCGUGACUUAUUUAUUCGUGAAGGUUACCAAUUUGAUUAUGUGUUUGAUUGGACUAUAUUGAAGUAUCCCCAAAUUGGUUCGAGUUCUAGACCAAGGAAUCCCACUGGCAAUGCUGUUGCUGGAACCUCUGGUGAAAGACCAGGAAGAACAUCAGUGGGGCGAGAUAUUCGAGAUAGAUUCUCAGGUGCGGUUGAAGCUUUUUCUAGAAGAAAUGCAGGUUCUGCCCAACAUGGCGAACAUUUGAGGCAGAGAACAUUGGAAGAUGUUCCUUCACCAAAGGACAUGCAAUUUGAUUCAGAAAGAGGCCGUACCUCAAGAAAUGGCACUUCUUCAAAGCGAGCCGCCGUCUCUACCACCAGACCAAGCUCAUCUGGUGAGGUGACCGAUGGUCGCUCUAACAGAAUGGCGUCCAGCACCGGGCGUGCAACGUCCACACAAAGAGUUCAACCUGGUGUUGACCACAAGCCAUCAUCUUUUGCUCGUGCUGCUCUUACUAAAGGUACUCGUGAUGACCCUCUUCGAAGCUUUGAGUUCCUCUCAAUCAGGAAGUAAAUGGGAUGGUUUUUGAUAAAAGAAAAAGUCAUUUGAAGUGGAUAAAUACCAUCUGUUUAAGGAAAUUUGGGCUUUCAUUGCUACCCUUGUAAAUGUGAAAUAUGUUGCACCCCGCCACGAUUGUCGCCUCAUCCAACCUCCCUUCCAACAGUAUUUGUCAAGUUUUUGUUUAGUUCUUACUGUUGCAACGCAUUUUAUGCUCAUCCAAGGAAGUGAUGGGUUUCAUCUGCGGGCAGUUUUUCAUUUUUACAAGACGACCUUGGCUGUAAUAAUGCUGUUUAUGUAUGCCACAAAGUAUAAAUAUACUAGAGUCUGAACUGAACGUACUCGAUCUCAUGAACA